AGCGGGGAGGGGAGGGCGAGAGCUCGGCCGCAUUCGGGGCCGCCUGCGCUCAUCAAAGGCUGCUCUUUGAAUACACACAGUGAGGCAGAGCUGGAGUGGAAAUAUUUUUUAUGCCGCAAUAUGCGUGAAUUUCUAAAAUAAACCCGGGGUUGCUGGAGCCCUUCUGAAGGAGGUCUGGAUCAGUACUCAUUCGCGCGGGCCCUGAGAGGCCGACCCGUCAGACGGGCAUCGGGCGAGCACGUUACAUGCCAGCGUUUUUGGUUUUAUUUGGACUGCCCACUUUAGGUUGAAGCCCCUCUCCCCUGAUACUCUUUCAUUCAUCAGAAAGAGUGAGUUUUGACCCUAGUGCGGCAGCCGGGCUGCUCCCCCACACACAGAUGAAUGAAGACCCCAUUCGGGAAGAGCGCGGCCCAGAGAUCCAGAGCUGAUGCAGGGCAUGCUGGUGUCUCUGCAAAUAUGAUGAAGAAAAAGAACUCUCAGAAGAAACACAAAAGCAGCGUAGGCCCCACCAAAGCAGUGGCUCAGCCGCGGAGGAACAUCGUGGGCUGUCGUAUCCAGCACAUCUGGAAGGAGGGCAGCGGCGCGGCGUCGCAGUGGAAAGGCACCGUUUUAGACCAGGUGCCCGUCAACCCCUCGCUCUACCUGAUCAAAUACGACGGCUUCGACUGCGUCUACGGCCUGGAGCUGCAUAAAGACGAGCGGGUGCAGGGACUCGAGGUCCUGCCAGACAGACUCGCCUCGACGCGCAUCAGCGACGCUCACCUGGCCGACACCAUGAUCGGCAAAGCCGUGGAGCACAUGUUCGAGACGGAGGACGGCACUAAGAACGAGUGGAGGGGAAUGGUUCUGGCCCGGGCUCCCAUCAUGAACACGUGGUUCUACAUCACGUACGAGAAAGACCCGGUGCUCUACAUGUAUCAGCUGCUCGAUGACUAUAAAGACGGAGAUCUGAGGAUCAUGCCAGACUCUAACGACUCGCCCCCAGCGGAGCGUGAGCCCGGAGAGGUAGUGGACAGCCUCGUGGGGAAGCAGGUGGAAUACGCCAAAGAGGACGGCUCUAAACGAACUGGCAUGGUUAUCCAUCAGGUGGAGGCCAAGCCCUCCGUCUACUUCAUCAAGUUUGAUGACGACUUUCACAUUUACGUCUAUGACCUGGUGAAAACCUCGUAAAGCGGCGACACGGGACGAGGAGAGGGGGAGGAGUUUCACGUAAACCAUGUGAUCCACACAAACUUUUUUUUUUUUGCCAAAAGUUCUCUCAGAACAUUUCUCGUAACAUCUUUAGGAAAUGGAACGCUGGAUAUUUCGGUGGAUUACCGCUAGUGUCUCUUAUCGCUGUAGGAUGAACAAACAUCCCCCCCCCGACAUACACGUAGCUUCACAUUUCAGAGGUUCGUCUCGAGCAUUUCCCAUUCCUGUUGGUUGUUGAAAAAGACGUUCAUCGGGAAAAUUUCGUCUGGCUGUUCUGGGACGUUAAAGUGUUCAUCUGUUGGACUGUUACAGCUCCGUCUUGGGUUGAAAUUCAAGCUAGCGGUUUGCGCCGAUCCUGGGGAAACGGUGAAAACGAAACGCGGCGGUCCGUGAAGGAUGAGGAGCUUUCGGGAUGUCCUAAACUUCGUAAAAGUGCCAGGAGGUGGAGGGCGGGAGAAAAUGUCUGUAAAUAAGACAUCGUUCUGUUCUUGAUGUCUUUGAGUCGGUUGCCAGAUGUUUCAUGUUUAUCCCUCCGUCUUCUGGUUCUCGCCGGAAUUGCGCACACGAGCUCCACUGUCAAUCAAAUGUAGGCAUUUGUGGCGUGAAACCCCACAGUCUUGUUUUUAUGUAUUUUGUUUUCUACUUUUUAUUUUAUAUAUAUAUAUAUAUAUGUCAUCACCACAAGUAAACGCUAAUGCAGCUUUUAUUAUCUUAAGCACUAAAUUUAGAGACUUGUUUUGCUCCCGUUUGUUUUCAAUGAAUUGCUACAUCUUUGAAACAAAAAAAAAAAAAAAAUUGAAUUUCAUAUUUGGAACAUUGAUUU